CUCUCUUCACGUGGUGUGGGCCGGAAGUGACGAGUGAGGCCCGGGAGCUGCGGACGCGAAGGCGGACGAAGCCGGAGUCGCAGACACCGCGGGGUCUCCGGGACAGGAGCUCCCAGUGCUACAUGUAUUUUCUGUGAGGGAGAUCACAGCCGACGAUGGCUACCACACUAGAUUUGAAAUCGAAGGAGGAGAAGGACGCAGAGCUGGACAAGAGGAUCGAGGCUCUUCGUCGGAAGAAUGAGGCCCUCAUCCGGCGCUACCAGGUGCCCUAGCCCUGCCCUGGAGACCCCAUGCCCUCUCCUCCCCGCAGAGAUUGAGGAGGAUCGGAAAAAAGCUGAGCUGGAGGGUGUGGCCGUGACAGCCCCCCGGAAGAGCCGGUCCAUGGAGAAGGAGAACAUGGCAGUGGAGGAGAAGAGCCUGGGUCCCUCUCGGAGGACUCCUGGGACUCCUCGGCCCCCAGGGGCCAGCAGAGGGGGCCGGACCCAUCCCCAGCAGGGAGGCCGGGCAGGCGUAGGCCGGGCAUCCCGAGGCUGGGAGGAUGGUGCUGGGGAGCAGCUUCGAGGGGGUCCUGGGGGCCGGGGCCGGAGAGGCCGGGGCCGGGGGUCCCCUCAUCUUUUAGGGGCAGGAGACAACUCCACCUCUGAUCGCAAGUCCAAGGAGUGGGAGGAGCGGCGCAGGCAGAAUAUCGAGAAGAUGAAUGAGGAGAUGGAGAAGAUUGCUGAAUACGAGCGCAACCAGCGGGAAGGGGUGCUGGAGCCCAACCCAGUGCGCAACUUCCUGGACGAUCCCCGACGUCGGGGCGGGCCCCUCGAGGAGUCUGAGAGGGAUCGCAGAGAGGGCAGCCGCCGGCACGGACGCAACUGGGGCGGCUCGGAUUUUGAGCGGGUGCGCUCUGGCUUGGAACAGGAACGACAGGGCCGCAGGGCUGGCCUGGGCAGUGGGGGCGACAUGACAAUGUCCAUGACGGGCCGGGAGCGGUCAGAGUACCUGCGCUGGAAGCAGGAGAGGGAGAAGAUCGACCAAGAGCGGCUGCAGCGACACCGCAAGCCCACCGGGCAGUGGCGGCGGGAGUGGGAUGCCGAGAAGACCGAAGGCAUGUUCAAGGAUGGCCCGGCCCCUGCCCACGAACCAUCCCACCGCUAUGAUGACCAAGCUUGGGCAAGACCUCCUAAGCCCCCCACUUUUGGAGAAUUCCUUUCUCAGCACAAAGCCGAAGUCAGCAGCCGCAGGAGGAGAAAGCACAGCCGACCUCAGGCCAAGGUGGCCCCUCGUGCCUAUAGUGACCAUGAUAAUCGCUGGGAGACAAAAGAGGAAGCUGUGUCCUCAGCCCCUGAGGCCUCUCCAUCCACAUCCCUGGAGGAGACACCCACACAGCAGCCUUCUGAGACCCCAGUCCCAGCUCAUCGGCCUCCUGAGGAGGAUGGUGAGGAAGAUGUGGGGGAAGAGGAGGAGGGAGAAGAAGAGGGGGAAGAUGAUGAGGAGGAUGAAGAAUGGGAGGACGUGAGUGAAGAUGUCACUGAGGAGGAGGAGGAAGAGGAGGAGGAGGAAGAAGAGUUUGAAGAGGAGGAAGAGGGUCCCAGGGAUCAGGAAGCAGUAGCUGUUCCUGAUCAUCAGCCUGAGGCUGAGCCUGCGGGGAAGCCCACCUGUGAGCAGGUGGACCCCGUGCCUGCCGGGCCCCAGGAGCCCCCCAGCCCCUUCUCACACUCUGAGGACCACCAGCCUGUGUCUGACUGGGGAGGUGACCAGCCAGCCCUCGCCUCCUCGGAGAGUGGGCCCAGCUUGGCAGGAACCCCGAAGUCUGAAGAAGAGGGGCCUGAGGCAUCUCCAGGUGGGGUGCAUGAGCCUGGUGGAGAGGUAGGCCCCGAGGGCCAGGAGACAGCGGAGAUCACAGACUUCCAGAGGGCCGUCCCGCAAUCCUGAAGAUGCUACUGGGAGGGGCGGCAGCGCAGGUUUGCCUGACUACAGGCUGGCUGCUCUCCUCCCUGCAGUCCACCCUGGAUCCCUCGCCUCUAGGGAACAGAAGUUUAUGCUGGUGCGGAGUUACUGGGGAAGGGGCCAGCAGGGGUGAUGGGCGGAACUAGGUCUCAUUACUCAUGAAGCAGUCCA